CUCAUUCUUAUCAGUCCACUCCACUCACCCAACAAGUAGUAAGAAGCAGAGUGCCAAACACGCCCAAAACACUCAAAUCCGCCAUGGAAGCUCUGAUUUCUCAGUUCACUUUUCUCUCCGAUCAAUCUCUCCAUGAUAAAAACUUCGAUCCAUCAACGAUCGAAGAUCUGAUGAAAUUAUUCGAGCUCGAAUCAUACAAAUCAUGGGCGGCGAUGGAGCUCGAACAUGAGACAGAAGUGGCAGCGGCUGAGGAUUCGAUGAAAGAAGCGGAAGAUUACCUCGAUUCCGCCAUGGAAAGCGCGAUGGAGGAGUUCAGAAGGUUUGAGGAAGAGAUGGAACGCGAAGCGAACAAGGAGCUACAGGGAUUGUUGUCGAUCGGAGAAAGUGCGAGGAGGUUGGGUAAAUCCAUGGAGAAAGCGGCGAAUUUCGCUUCUAACAAGUAUAUUGAGGCGGCGUUAAAUUCCGCAACGUCGUCGAUGAGAUCGGCGAUGAAGGUGGUUUCCUCUAAUUCAAAGAAAGUUCAUCCUUCUUAAAUGUAUUCUAUCAUUCGACUGUAAGCCAAUUCCUGAAUCAGCUUAUCUGCAAUCUGUUAUGUUGUUAUGGUUAGUCAAGACAUCUAUGGAAAUCUAUUUGAAUUAUUUACAUUUUGUCAACAAAA